AUGAAGUCAAUCAGUUAUGAAUUUGCCCUCAAUGAAAUGCAUAGCAACAAGCAAGUGAGGGGAGCGAUCAAGCACAUGAAGUAUCGCGCUGGAUCAAAAACUAACACCGGUGUUGCAUUGACACUUGUUAACAAAUAUGUAAGUAAUUAUAUAUAAUAAACGUUAAUUUUUAACACCAUGAUAAACCUCAAUUUUCGCCAGCCUUUCUCCUGGCCUUUGGCCAGGUUUAAGAAAUCCUCACCGUCUGAAUUCCUAAAAAAAAAUUCCUGGGUUCUCAUAAAAAUAUAAAGUCUCAUAAAAAUAUAAAUUCACCAAGUUCUUAACAAGGAGGCUCCUUGGUAAAAAAUUGAAAUGGAAGUGAAUUCUCGUUACUAAUGAAGAAAUUCUAUGAUCUUUUAUUGCGGCAUUUUCUAGACACAGCAAUCAAUCAAAAUUGCCAACCUUUAUAUUUUACCCCAAGAUCUUCAAAUUUUUAAAGUGAUUGAUAUUUUUGAGGAUAUUUUCAGAAAUACGACCUCGGGAUUUUUCCUAGUAAUUGAAUAAAAGCCUUUCUAACAGAGAGAUAGUUGUGAAUUCGUACAUAUAAUCAUUUUGAUCGUGUAAAAAUAAAAAGAUCAGGUAUUUAUAAUGUUGAUCGGAUCCAGUUAUUUUUCGGUGCAUGGGAUCUACUCUGUUCAUUUAUUCAGAUUAUUUUAACAAUGCUACCUGAGUCUUCUUUUCGAAGAAAGGGCCUUUUUUGAGAAAAGAAAGAAUCUCUGGAUUUUUUAAGUUUUUGGUACCAAAAUCCUCUGGAAACUGUGCCUUCGACUGAAACUCUGAAUAAAAUAUAUAUUUUAUUAUAGAUUUUCAACAAACGUAACGGAGACAGACCGGGCGUUCUUGAUGUGUUGAUCCUAUUCACAGCCGGUCAGGCACACGACUUCAGUAUCGCCAGAAAACAUGCUGAGUUAAUGAAGAAGAGAAAUAUUCGAAUCAUUGCGAUUGCAGCUGGUCCUGAUGCGAAGAAUCCCAAGGCAAAACUUGUGGAAGAAAUGGAAGCUCUAGCGACUGAUCUGCUAAACGUGUACAAGGUUGAUUUCUCUGAGCUCAACGACAUCGUGGACAAGUUAAUUGACAUUGAUUGCUAUUUAGUCUCGCGUAAGAAUGUAAUCAAUAGGCAGCUUUAGCAAACACAACGCAACGUCGACGAGGACGUGAAAAUGGCGUGGCAUGCGGGAAUUUUACUUCCGGUUUAAUCUUGAACGUCGUUCAACUUGUAUUAAGACGGCAUUUAGGAUGUUUUCACGUCCUGUCUAGAACGUCACAAAUUUAUGUUUGAUUCUUCAAUAUUUGUAGCUGAAUAUUGUUUUGAUUGGCAAGUUUAUGUGCUUAUUUGUCGCCGAAUUUUGAACGCAUUGAUUUUUCAGAGUACUUUUAUCGCCAUGACAAAACAACAAAACUAAAUUGCUUCUAUUUCUGCCCGAAAAGAAACAUUUCAAAACACAAAAACUGAAUUACAACAACAAGACUUUAAAAUGAAGAAAAAAGUAGUAACAUAGAAUAAUUGGAGCAUUUAAACGAGUAAAAAUGGAAACAAUCAGUUUAGUUGCCUUGUUACAAGAACACGGCAUUAGACUACAAAUAAAAAACACUUUUCGGCGUGAAAAACAGUCGGUAUGCCUAUUAAUAUCCCAACAGCUCAAAAAGUCGAUUAAAUCAAAUGGAAUCGCCGUUUUCGUCCGAAUGAUGCGAUAAACUGAAUUCAUUUGUUCAAAAACAACAAAAUAUAACAGUUUUUCAAAAAGAAGUUGUUGAAUGUUCAUACAAAAUCUUCAGAAAACAUUCGGCCCGUAUAAUGAUAAAAGCAUUUUCACAUAAAUUCGAACAGGAAGUAAACACGAGGUGUAUGCCAUAAUGUAUGCCAUAAUUUUCACGUCCUGAUUGACGUCGCGUCGAUUUUGCUAAAACAGCCCAAUUUAAACUGCGAGACGCCCACGUAGCCUGUCUCGCGGGAUAUUCCCGAGAUGAAAAUUAUAUUCAGACUUGUGUUAUAAGGUAGUUACGUAAAGAUGUAAUAUUGUAAUGUUAAUAUCAAUAAGGAAUAGUAACUGUAACUAUACGUAAAACCAUCUGAUGGUACGUGUGAGCCUUAUAUAGGCACCCAAUUAAAAAAGAAUUAAGGUCGGCCAUGACGUAAUGAGAAGAUUUGUUGACCAUAAUUAUGUGGUAAUGAUUCAUACAUAUAACAACAAAGCAUAGUUCAAAUAUACGUGACGACUCAUGUGCAAAACAGUGUGAUCACGUAUGAGUACAGUUCGGACAUUUGGGGAAGAGAAUCACGGUAUUUGUUGAACUGAAUCCCCUCUCCCACCCCCUUCCCCACUCUCAAUUAUAUCUUAAGGUAAAGAGCAACAACCAAUGUGGGUACGGAAAUCGGAAUCAAAUAACGAAUGUCCGUAUUCACCUUCAAACCACGAUGUUAA